AUGUCAUCCAACGACCUACAAGCUUUGUUUGCCAACUUGGUGCUGAAGCCUCGCGACUCUCCAGCCCCAUCCCACACGCCACUCCAAUCCAAUUCUGCUGGUCAAUCUUCCCCGUUUACUGGCGCCUCUCCGCUGCCUUCGAGUCCCCCUACCGUCACGUCUGUUGCGAACCGUAACGCCUACAGCCAAAUGGCGCAGCCCGUCGCAGCUCCGCCCUCUGCCACUGCGCAGUCGUUGCUGAACCUGCUCAAUUUUGGUCCUGCUACCUCUACACCUCCGAAGGCAAACUCAAGACCUCUUUCCUCAGCCGGCAAUGCCACUGCGGUCCCGGAAGACAAGAAUGACAAGCCAGCAGGGAAUGCUGCGGGACAAGGGCCUUCGACUUCAGCUUCGGAUCUGCUCGCGAAGUUGAUGUCUCCCUCCCCUGCACAGGAUGGAUCAAAAACGCGAUCUCCCCUAAAUCUGGAAGAUCAAGGCGGCGGUGGCGAUCAAGCACAUUCAACGGCUGCCCGCGAUGCGUCCCAAGAUGCACUCCUCAAGCUUCUCAGCAGAACCCAUCUUGGCAACUCCGUCAGCACGCGCCAGAAUCAGAUUGAGAAACCACAGACUCCAGUACCAGAUGUUCCCGACACGAAAUCGGCAGAAGCAAAACCGACAAAGACAGCGUCACCAGCUGCUCUAUUCGGUUCCAACUCCACAGCCGAGGUGCCUCUGUUCGGUGCUCCUGGUAAUGACACUAAGAACACGACCCAAAAUCAACCCAUGUUCACCUAUACGAACCCUUUCGAAGCACUACAAGCAUCUUUGAGUGCUUCCCGAGCACAAACUCCCCAAGAAGGGACGACUUCUUCCAAGUCUGCCAAUGCUGAUGUUUCCCAACCAAGCAUUGAGUCUGGUCAUGAUCUGCCCGAAGACACAAAUACUCGCACGGCCACAGGUGACAAGGUUGCCAAGCGGAAAAUCCUCACUCCAAAAAUACCGUUGGCAUCAAAGAAUACCACAGUGUCUCGCGAAGGUUCAAUCGCUCCAGCAACUCGAGAGGUCGAAGCAGAAGCCGCAGCUCCGGCGGAAGACCCAGUGGCAUCCGCUCCAGCAGAGACGAAGUCGACAAACGAAGUGAAUGAGAUAAUACGCCCGGAUUCUGACAAGGGUGCAAAACAAGACCAAGGUUCUGGCGCCGAGAACAUGGUUGAACAGCCAGCCGACGGCGAUGAAUGGGAAGAUGCGGAAGAGUUACCGAAUAAGGAGGCCUCCCGGGUUGUGCCCGUUUACAAUUUCCCAAUCAAGCCCUUUGUGUCGAUCACCUUGCAAUUGACAAAACCCUCAAGUGUCGGCAUUAGAGAAGAUGCAGUGAUGGAUAUAUCCAGACUCAAGAAGGAAUUUGAUCAACUGGACCGUUCUUUGGCAGCUGCAACAUCGAAGUACAUCGCCUAUGCCUUGGUCAAGAACGGCGGUAUGCGCAUCAUCAGACAAGACGACGGUAGUGAUCGACAAGUCUUUAAGAAUUCUCAUGACCGCAUAUUCAAUGUGUCACUGUGUACCACCUCUGCUGCUGGCGAACCAUCGGACGAUCAGGCGCUUCUUGGGACUGGGGUGAGCGGUGCCGUUUAUUACGCAACGAUUAACAAAGACGGGAAUGACUUGUUUGAAAAAAAUGAGCUUGACAGCGAAAGCCUCAUUUUCCCCCCUUACCCUCCGGCUGAUGAGAAUGUAUCUGGUGGGGUCCUCAAAACCCGGGCCAAAAGAAGCUCUCGCCACCCUGAGUUCUUCGCAAUUGGACGUGGCAAGGCAAUCCAUCUCGUCUGGCCAGCAACUGCGCUCUCCUCGCGGUACGGUAUCAGUGAGCACAAUCGGCGUGUCGACGUCGAAAAAUUCUUUCAAGAACGAUCUCUUCAGAUCUCGACCGGCAAGGCAGGGAAAGACUUCAUCUUCAGCGAAGACGACACGUUGAUCGUUUCUUUGGACAAGACUGGAAGAUUAAGAUUCUGGGAUAUUCGUAAGCUGAUUGACGAGUCUAAUGCCACUUCGACCCGACUUGCGAGUAUGACUGUGGAUCUUCCGAUCUUGUCCCUUUCGACCGCAUCCCCUGCCGAGAAGUCAUGGCCGACGUCAGUUCUCUUCGUAGACAAGGCUCGUCCAUAUGUCAAAGGAGGAGCGCUCCGCUACGUUCUUGUCGGGUUGAGGCAGAAUCACACUCUACAACUCUGGGACAUUGCUCUCGGGAAAGCCGUUCAGGAGAUCAACUUCCCUCAUGAGAAUGAGACUGAUGGGAUCUGCAGCGUCUGCUACCAUGCUAACAGCGGGAUCAUUGUUGUCGGUCACCCGACCAGAAACUCGCUCUUUUUUAUCCACCUCUCAGCGCCACGUUAUACGAUUAGUACUUCUCUGAGCCAAGCUGCAUACGUGCAGCACAUUGCUGCAAAGGAUCCGGAAUUACCCAAGCCUGAUUCAACAGCCUGUAUGAGUGGAAUCCGGGAAAUGUCGUUUACAGGGAGCGGCCAGCUACGAAGCGUUGAGCUCCUCCCACUUUAUCGAACUGGGGAAGAGCAAAGGGCUGUUGACGAGAAGACACCGCUGUUCGAGCUCUACGUGGUGCACUCAAAAGGCGUUACGUGCCUCAACAUUACCAAGGAAGAUCUCGGCUGGGAUUCAAGCAACAAGGUGGUUCAUGGGAUCGAUGCUGCCAAGGAAGGUUACGUGAGCUUGAAAGAGCUGCGCCUCGGAAGUGUGAUCGAAGAAGGACCCCGAGACAAGAGCCCAGCCGAAGAAGCACCAGCAAGUAAGACGCCGAAAAAGAAGCAAGGCAAAAAGCCUUCGUCUUCUGUCGAGCGUGUGGAGACUGUACAGCCUGAAGAUUUGGGCCCCGGGAAACCGGGGUUGACACAGCCUCUCAGCAACGGCGCCGAAGCGCUCAGGGAGACGACAAACAUUGAAACUCCUUUGCCAAAGGAAAAUAAGAAGAGUAAGAAGAAAUCUGCCACAGCCAAUGAGUCACGGGCCCCUGACAAGGUCUCGGUCGCCGACUCAAUUGCAAAAACAGCGUCAACGACAAUGGCUACUCCGCAACCUGCACACGUGGCACCCGUUGAGGAGCAAGCUUUUGCACCUGCAUCUGCGGCUGGCCUACUGGAUUCAACUGCUGAAGCACCGGCGAAACCUGAAGCCGUCACUGUUGGCAUAUCUGGGGGCUGGCUGGACAAAGAACUAAAGAAAGUCGAGAAAGCUGUAUCCACUGAGUUCCAUAAAGAGCUGGACACCCUCUAUCAGAACAUCCAGAAUGAUAGGAACGUCCAGGACUCCGCCGCCAUUGCUCGCCAGGAAGCCCUACUCCGUUUGGUCUCGACCACUCUGAGCAACAACGUCGAGAAAUCACUUUCUCGUAUUCUUUCAACCCAGAUGCAGCAAUCGAUUGUUCCAGCACUUACAGGGGCUACAGUCCAAGCUGUGAGUAGCCAAGUGGGAGAAGCCGUGGCGAAAUGCCUCCAUUCUCUGGUGCCCCAUGAGUUGGGCGUGCAACUGCCUGUUGUUCUCAAUGCAGCUCUGCAAAGUCCGCACAUGAUUCGAACGAUUUCAGACACAGUCUCGCAAAAGAUUUCCAGACAGAUCGAAACCCAGCUGAACGAUGUCAUGCAGAAACAUGUUGUGCCGACAUUCAAAACCCUAGCAGUUUCAGCAGCGGAAAAAGCCGCAUCUGAGUCUGAAGUCCGCCUGCGCAAUGAGAUCCGCCAACUGGAGAAUGACCGCCGAAAUGACCUGACGAGGCUAGAAAAGUUGGGUCAGGUCCUUCAAGCCACGGCCGAGGCGUUGCAGCAAAUGUCCGACACUCAAGUGGCCUUUCAAGGCCAAAUUCUCAAAGAUCGUCGACAGCUCGCCCUCCUCGGAGAACCCAGCUCAUCUCCAGUAUCUCGUCAGGUGUCGACAGCUCGUAUGACACCAUCGCCACGAGCCCCUGCCCGACCCAUAGUCCAGCGACAGAAGACCAAGGAGGAGCUGGAGUUGGAAGAGAUCAGCCUCUUGAUGAACGAUGGGCGGUACGAGGAAGCUUCCAUCAAAUGGCUUCAGUCGGCUCAACCGUCAGAGCUAUUCGACAAACUGUUCAUUCACUUCACUCCAGAGUAUCUGGCAACAGAUGUCUCACCGCUGAUCGCCUUUUCGAUCGCCGUCACCAUCGGAAAUACUCUUACGACAAAUACGGCUCAACGACUUGAAUGGAUUGCUGCCGCAUUCAAUGCUGUCGAUCUUGCUGAUCCUGAGAUCUCCGAUCUAGCGCAACAUGCACCUGCACUGUUGAGUUCCUUGAUCCAGAAACUCGAACGACUAUACAUGACGAUUGCGGAGCGUGACCCGUCCGACCCGGCGCUGCAAAUCAUGCCGGUUGUAUCAAGGAAAGCUAAGGAGAUGAGGGCCACUUUAGAGGGACCAGCUUGGCGUGGUGUUGCUGUUUAG